UGUUAUUGUUUUGUUUGCAGAAGCAACACGUUUUUUCACAGAAAAUUUUUCAUUUUUAAUAAAAUAUUAAAAAUUCUCUAUUAAAUCAUAAAUAAUUUAAAGAAAAACUUCUGCACACAAUCACAAUGAGUACCCAGCGUGGUAAUGCAUCCCGUACUCGUGCUCAAAAACAUAAAAAUCGUCAUGUUUUCAAAAAUGAUCUACACGACAAGACUCCACUACAGAAACGUCUCAAUACCCUGCACAUUUCGGAAGUGUGUCAACAUUGUAAAGGUGUCAUAGAAUGGAAAAUCAAAUACAAAAAGUAUAAGCCUCUCUCACAACCUAAAACAUGUACAAAAUGUUCCCAGAAAAAGAUACGCAAGGCGUAUCAUGUUCUUUGCCGUGAAUGUGCUCUGGAAGCAAAAGUAUGCGCUAAAUGUCUAAAAAGUGCUGAAGAGGUGGAGAUAGAACCACCACAACCCACACCCGAAGAAGAAUUGAAACUUAAGGUAGAAAUGGAAAGACUUAUUAAAUCUUUUCCCGAAAGAAAACGUCGUGCCUUUUUGCGUUACAUGGACAAGGGUAAGAAGGAAAAAGAAAGUUUGGAAGGUGAGGGAGAAGAAAAUGGUGAGAAGGUUGGCGAAAAUUCAGAAAACACUGUGGAAGGAGAUGAGGCUAAUGCCGAAAAGGCAAAACCCAAAACCCGAGUUCCUCAUACCAGAGAUGAACUGCUGCUAAAGAUUGAGCAGUUGAAACUUAAAGACGAUGAUGAUGAUGAUUAUGAUGAUUUUGAUUCGGAUGAUGAGGACUUCGAUGAUGAUGAUUGUAGUGAGGAAGAGGAUUUUAGUGAUGAAUAAAUGUGAUUCAUUAAAUUUAUUUUUUUUAGAAAAUAUUUUUUAAGAUGUAAUGAAAAAGUGUAAUAAAAAGAGAAUUAAGAAAAAUAUUAAACACAAA